AAAACGUCCUAGUUUCAUCUUAAGUUCCUGAGUUUUAUUAUAAAACUACAGAUCGAACCAUGAGAAACCUCUCAAUUUUUGCUCUUCUUUUCAUGGCCAUCUUCAUUGUUUCAGCAGGUGCGAGAGAGGCGAGAAUGUUGCAAAAAACUUGCCCCAUUUUAUGGCCAAUGGUUCCAUGCGAUGCUAAAAAAUGCGACGAAAUGUGUCGCGAUUACUAUGGUCCUGUCACCUCUUACUGUAAUAGGGUCGGAACUCCAAUCGCUGAAUGCGCCUGUAAUCUUACAGAUUGUUAAUGACGCUCAAUAAGCCUUUUCUCAAUGCGCCUUUUAAGGCUUUAA